AUGCCGAGAUACAAUUUGGGUAUUGGUCCAGGACCCGAACAAGGUUUGUGGGAUCGAUUUGGUCUCUAUUCAAACCCCCAAGCCCGAGCUACUGUUAUGGGCGUUAUUCGAAGAGUUCAUGACGUCGAGCAAGCUGCACAUAUCGCUGGUGGUGGCAGGCCUAACUAUCUUUUUGCCUCGAUCAACCAUAGAACAAACUUUAAUGUUGGUGUCACCGCUGAAAUACCCAAUCUACCAGCAUCUAUCCAAGGCCGUCCUCAAGCUCAGCUUGUUCAGUGGAUGAUGGAUCUUUGUCGUUUCUACCGAGCCUAUGAUCCCACCAGUUGGGGACUCUCUGCACCGGCCAUAGCUGGAUGGCAACCACCGGCUCCAGCACCCGCCCCAGCAAAGGCCCCUGUAAUUGCCCCUGCACCCGCCCCAGCACCCGCCCCUGCACCCGCCCCAGCUCCAGCCCCUGCUCCAGCCCCUGCUCCAGCUCCUGUCCCUGCACCUGCACCACCUGCACCACCUGCACCUGCACCCAAAAACUCGCGUAAACGAGGGCGAGAUGACGCAGCUGACGACGAUUCUGAAUUUCCAGCUCAUAAGAAGCUAGCAUUGGGAGAGAUGCCAGAGUAUCCAGACUUGCCAGAUCCAGCGAGAUUAUAUAUCCAAGGGUACGAGACUAUCCUAGGAAUUAAGGUGCCGCAGAAUGAUGAUGAUGAUGAGGAUGAUGUGUAUGACGCGGCAGUAGACGAUGAACUUGAACUGCCUGACACGGCAGAAGAUGAUGGAGUAGAAGAAGAACUUUAG